AAAAAUUAUUGUAGUAAACAAAUUGAAAGAAAGAAAAUCGUUGUGCUAUGAAAGAACUGACAGUAUUAACGUGUAUUUAUUCUAUUAUAUUGAAUGCGUAGUAUUUUAUGAAAAGGGAAGAUAGUAGUUAUAUACAUCAGGUAUGAGUUAUUCUCGGGAAGAAAUAGAAGAAAAGCGUUUAUUAGCUUUACAACGAAAGCAACAAACUCAAAUAAAAACUAAUUCUCCCCUUGACUUUACCAAAAGAGAAACCAAUAGGCCAUCUCCUAGUAUUCUAAGUGAUUCAAGCAAAUCAUUGAAUGCAAUUAAUCCCUUUAGAGACAAACAGAAUAAACAUUUUGUUCACAAGGAAGAUUUUAGAAAUAACUCUUUUAAAAGUAAUAGAAAAUUUAAUAAACAAAAGGAACGUUUUGAUCCUAUUGAAUCAAAAAAAUUUUUUGGGCAAAAAUCAUGUAUAAAAGGAACGUGUUACAUGAUCAAUGAGGAAAGAUUUGCCUUUGAAACUUCAUCAUAUUUACCUACUCUUAUUGAAACUUUAAAAACAAUUCCAAGCAGAUCUUAUGAUGUACAAACUAAAACUUGGAAUUUUCAUUUAAAGGAUUACGAAAAUUUAAUGAAAAAAAUUAUUCAGUUCAAGUCUGAGGUACAAGUAAUAGGGCUGCCAAAAAAUGUUAUUCAGAUUUUUAAUAAAAGUAACAGCUCAGAUAAAACAGAUGCAAAGAUUGAUUUGUCAGAUAUUGAUCCUCACUUGUUGAAUCAAUUAAUGCCCUUUCAACGUGAAGGGAUUUGCUAUGGGAUAUCUAAAGGUGGUCGUUGUAUGAUUGCUGAUGAUAUGGGUUUAGGGAAAACUAUUCAAGCAUUAGGAAUUGCACAUUAUUACAGAGAGAAUUGGCCUCUUCUUAUUGUUGUUCCAUCUUCAGUCAGAUAUCAAUGGGCAGACGCGAUAUACACAUUCUUGCCAUCUAUUCCUGCACAUUAUAUUCUUCAUUUUACAAGUUCAAAAGACUUUUGCAGUGACAGUAGAAUUGUUAUUACAUCUUAUGAUCUUCUAGUACGAGCAGUGGACACAUUUGAACAUCGUUCUUUUGGCUUUGUUAUUCUGGAUGAAUCGCACGCUUUAAAAAGCUUUAAAACUAGUAGAUACAAAGCUGCGCAACGUGUAAUUUCACAAGCGCGUCAUGUUGUUUUACUUACUGGGACACCUGCUUUAUCAAGACCCAUAGAACUGUAUACACAAAUAAAUCUCAUAAUGCCAAAAUUUAUGAAAUAUGAAGAAUACGGAAUUCGAUACUGCGCAGGAGAAAAAAGUUCGUUUGGAUGGGACUUCACGGGAUCAUCAAAUAUGCAAGAAUUACAAUUAUUAUUAAAACACACAUGUCUAAUUCGAAGACUGAAAAGUGAUGUAAUGAAUGAAUUACCAACAAAAACCAGGGAAGUUGUUAUGCUAGAUCCAGAUUUAAUAAAAGUUGGUUCAGCAGAAAUGGUAGAAAUGUCCCAAAAGAUGGAACGAAAAGUUUUAACUGGUAUAGAAAGACAUACUGCUCUUUUGCAGUACUAUAAUGAAUCUGGUAUUGCCAAGCAAAAAGCUAUAUGCGAUUAUAUUUCGAAGUUGUUAAAAGAUAAACACAAGUUUCUUGUUUUCGCCCACCAUCAAUCUGUCCUAGACGCCAUUUGUAAUCUUAUACAAUCUAUGAAUAUAAAAUAUAUCAGAAUCGAUGGAAAAACCAAUCCCGAAUGUAGGAAAUUUCAAGUUGAUAAAUUUCAAGAUUGCGACGAUUACUUGGUAGCGGUUCUCUCGAUAACAGCAGCAAAUUCAGGGAUUACACUAACAGCUGCACAACUUGUAGUUUUCGCAGAACUGUUUUGGAAUCCAGGGGUACUGUGUCAGGCAGAGGACAGAGUACACAGAAUUGGCCAAAAUGAGAAUGUUGUCAUUCGGUAUUUAGUUGCAAAACAAACGGUAGAUGAUUAUUUGUGGCCAUUGAUUCAAAAAAAGAUGAACGUAUUAAACGAAGCUGGACUCAAUCAAGAUUUUUCUUUGCACAACAUAAAUACUAUGAAACAUGCAUUAAAUACGAAACAAACGACGUUAGAUAUCUUCAAAAGCAAUGACCAAAACCAUUCCAAGACUGAUGAAGAAAUAGUACAAAGUAAUGAAAGUAAUCAAAAUGUCUUGCUAGAAAAUAAUUCUUCCAUGGCGUUAGAGGAAGUUGAUGAGUUGCUUGAAGGUGACUUUAAUUUUUGUGAUUGGGAUGAGAUGGAGUAAAGGAUUUAUUUUUGUAUGGAAUGUAAUAACGUUGUUGAUGUUAUGUGAAAUGUAUGAAUAAUUAUUUUGUAAUAUAUAAAAAAUGAAAGAAAUUUCAUAAAAAUUCAUUGUAAGCACUUUAUAAUAAAGAUCCUCAUUUUUCUAAUAAAAUAAUUGUAUUUUCGAUUCGAAUUAUCAAUAGCGCAAACUGAUAAAACUAGGUAUACCAUAGUUAUCUAAUUCUAUA